CGUGUCGCCUCUUGUCCCUCGCGCGUCGCCGUAGCCCGGCUCGUCCCAUUUUUGUCCUCCGCGCGCCGAAGGGUGACCGGGGUGGGGGCCGCGCGUGGCGAGCGAGCAGCCCUCAGUUCGCGCGCUUCAACCCGCCCGCCUGGCCUCGCCGGCUCCUUCACCUCCCGUCCGUCCGUCCGUGGGUUAUUUUCUCCCCCAGCCCCGUCCUCCUCCAGCUCAGAAGAUGCUGGCCGCCGCCCGGCUCCUCCGCAGCUGCGCCGCUCCCGCUCUGCGCGGCCUGGCCCUGAGGACGCCCGCUGCGGCAGAGUACAAAGCAGGCAGAUACAAGGAGAUAUAUCCAUACGUUAUCCAGGAACUUAGACCAACUUUGAAUGAAUUGGGAAUUUCAACUCCAGAGGAACUUGACAUGGACAAAGCGUAAACUUAACAAUGGACUUCCCAUGAGUAUACUGUUAAGGUUCUGUGACUGUACAACAAUUACCUGGAUAUAGACAUUAUAAUUACUUAUUUGAAAUCACUUCUUCCUUUUGUUGAGUCCUGGAUAUGUAUUGUGAAGUUGACCUAAUAAAGAGGAAAUGGUUUGAAUUGA